UCCAUUAAGAAUCGAAUCCUCGAUCCGUUCGUUCAUUUCGAGACUGCAGCGCCUCUGGCGGUAGAAUGGGCCUUCAAGUUAUGUCCUGCAGAACCUCCGCUUCUCCAGUUGCUAGUGUGCAGUGAGAGUGAGGAGGUCGCUGUUGUUGAGGUUGAACUAGAGGGGUUUCAGUCCUGCAACCAGUUUGAUAGAUCGCAACUGAAUCCUUGA